AUGACGUCUCGGGUCGAAAAGAGAGCGGCCCUGGACGGGCCCCCUCGAGCAGAGGACGGGCCCCCUCGAGCAGUGGACGGGCCCCCUCGAGCAGAAGACGGGCCCCCUCGAGCAGUGGACGGGCCCCCUCGAGCAGAAGACGGGCCCCCUCGAGCAGUGGACGGGUCCCCUCGAGCAGAAGACGGGCCCCCUCGAGCAGAAGACGGGCCCCCUCGAGCAGUGGACGGGCCCCCUCGAGCAGAAGACGGGCCCCCUCGAGCAGAAGACGGGCCCCCUCGAGCAGUGGACGGGCCCCCUCGAGCAGAAGACGGGCCCCCUCGAGCAGAAGACGGGCCCCCUCGAGCAGAGGACGGGCCCCCUCGAGCAGAGGACGGGCCCCCUCGAGCAGAGUACGGGCCCCCUCGAGCAGUGGUUGGGCCCCCUCGAGCAGAGGACGGGUCCCCUCGAGCAGUGGACGGGCCCCCUCGAGCAGAGGACGGGUCCCCUCGAGCAGUGGACGGGCCCCCUCGAGCAGUGUUGAUCCAAGAAAAAACCAAGCGAGCAAUGACGAGAGCGGGGGAGAUCUGA